AUGAACCGGCAGGGGACUCUGCAUCAGCAGCUGGAGCAGGUCGCCGACCUGGCGACGCUCUCGCCGGUGUCGGAGGACAUCAUCGUCUCCUGCAUCCGCGAACGCUUCAUGACCGACAACAUCUACACUGCGGUCGGAUCCAACGCCCUCGUCGCCGUCAACCCCCACAAGUACAUCGCGAGCAACUCGGACGCUGUUCUCCACAAGUACGCGACCGAGUACCGCGACACGAACCCGGACAGGACGUCCCUUCCCCCCCACAUCUUCCAACUCGCCAACAAUGCGUACUACCACAUGCGGAGAACGGCGCAGGACCAGUCGAUGCUCUUCACCGGUGAAACAGGAAGCGGCAAGUCUGAAAACCGCCGGCUGGCGAUCAAGACGCUGCUCGAGCUCAGCGUGAGCCAGCCGGGCAAGAAGGGCGCGAAGCUUGGCCAGCAAGUCCCCGCGGCGGAGUUCGUCCUCGAGGCGUUCGGAAACUCGCGCACACUCUUCAAUCCGAAUGCGUCCCACUUCGGCAAGUACACCGAGCUCCAGUUCACCGAACGCGGCCGAAUCUCUGGUGUCAAGACCCUCGACUACUAUCUCGAGCGGAAUCGUGUCGCCGGUGCCCCUUCAGGCGAGCGCAACUUCCACAUCUUCUACUACCUCAUUGCCGGCGCGUCGCCCGAGGAGCGGCAUCAUAUGCACCUCUCCGACAAGACUCAGUACCGCUACCUUGGAGCACGAGUCGGGACUGCGGGUCGGGGAGGUCCUGGAGACAACGAUGAUGCUGUGCGAUUCGAGCAGCUCAAGGUCGCGCUGAAGAACGUUGGGUUCUCCAAGCGGCAUGUCGCCCAGACAUGUCAGCUCAUCGCCGCCAUCCUUCACCUCGGUAACCUGGAGUUCACCAUCGAUCGCCACCGGAACGAAGACGCGGCUGUUGUACGGAAUCUCGACGUCCUCGAGAUCGUUGCGGAAUUCCUUGGCGUGCAGGCCGGGGCGCUUGAAGCUGCGCUGUCGUACAAGACGAAGCUGGUCAAGAAGGAACUGUGUACGGUCUUCCUCGACCCCGACGGCGCUUCGGACAACCGUGACGAACUCGCCAAGACCCUCUACUCCCUCCUCUUCGCCUGGCUCAAUGAGCACAUCAAUCAACGCCUAUGCCGCGACGACUUUGCGACCUUCAUCGGUCUGUUCGACCUCCCGGGCCCCCAGAAUUUGACGAGCCGCCCCAACUCGCUUGACCAGUUCUGUGUCAACUUCGCGAAUGAGCGCUUGCUCAACUUCUGCCAGAAACGCCUUUUCGAGGCCCACGUCACCCAGUACAACAACGAAGGCAUCUCCCGCUUCGUCCCACAGAUCGCCUACUUCGACAACUCGGAAUGCGUGCGUCUCCUCCAGAACCGCCCUGGCGGUCUCAUGCACAUCAUGGACGACCAAGCGCGCCGCAUGCCGCGCAAGACCGACCACACGAUGGUGGAAGCGAUCACAAAGCGAUGGGGGAACCACUCGUCUUUCAAGUCUGGAGGCAUGGACCGUUCAGGCUUCCCGACGUUCACGGUGAGCCACUACAAUGGCCCUGUCACGUACUCCGCGCAAGGCUUCCUCGAGAAGAACCUCGACGCCCUCAACCCGGACUUCGUCUCCCUCCUCCGUGGCACCAGUGCGGGCGCCACCGAUGCACCCGCUGCCGAUGGCUCCGGCUCCAUGAACCCCUUCGUCCGCGGUCUCUUCUCCGCCAAGGCCAUCGCUACGCAGGCCCACCCGCGGAACGAGGACACGAUCGUCGCCGCGCAGCAGCCGGUCAAGCCGAUGCGCGCGCCUUCUACUCGUCGCAAAAAUACGAUCAAGCGCAUGCCCACGCUAAAGGAGGGUGGCGACCCGGACGAGAAGAAGGACGACGACGACGAUACGCCCUCCAGCGGCAGCGCUCCCUGUGUUGCGGGCGAGUUCCGCGCGGCCUUAGACGUACUCUUCGAGACCCUGGAGGACACGCAGUCGUGGUAUGUCUUCUGCAUCAACCCUAACGACUCGCAACUGCCGAACCAAAUGGAAGGCCGUUCCGUCAAGGCUCAAGUGCGCAGUGUCGGCCUUUCGGAGAUCGCGCGGAGGAACGUCAACGUGUUCGAGGCGAUGAUGACCCCCGACGAGUUCACCGACCGGUACGGCGGUCUGCUUCAGUCAGUUGGUGUCGGGGAGGGCGACUCGCGUACGAAGGUCCAGAACACCCUCCAGGCGCUCGGUUUGCAGGAACGGGACAUCGUUCUGGGAUUAUCAAUGGUCUUCCUUUCCCAAGCCGCGUUCCGCCGCUUGGAGGAUGACCUCCGUUCCAAGGACUCGGAGGAGAUGAAGCGCAAUCGUAUGCGGGAUGCCGAAGCGGAGGCCGGACUCGACGCUCGCAAUCUCGGGGACCCCUACGCACCCUAUCAAGUCCCCGGUGCCGAGUCUCCCUACCACAACGAGUUCGCGGACCCAUUCAACAACAAUUCCAGCCAACAGCUCCCGCUCGUCGCCAAUGCCUCUCCUUUCCAGCGCGCGGACAUGUACGAAGACUACGACGAACGCAAGUCGCUCCGCAGCGAAGACUUCGACGGCCGCAGUGCUUAUACGAGCCAGCGGGACGACGCUUCCGUCUCAAACUUUGGCACAGAGUCGUACGCGCCCUCGCGGAACAUGUUCCAAAACGCGGACCAGAAGGGUUUGCUCGACAAGGAGGCGAUCGCGGGCGAGGCUCAGGAGGGCGAGACGACCGAAGUGCUGAAGGAGACCUCGGCUCGCCGUCGAUGGGUCAUGCUCUGCUGGAUCCUCACCUGGUGGGUCCCAAACAUCGCCUUGGUCCACAUCGGUCGCAUGAAGCGCCUCGACAUUCGGCAAGCGUGGCGCGAAAAGCUCGCACUCAACCUGAUCAUUUGGCUCGUCUGCGGCGCCGCCAUCUUCACCAAUAGCCCGAACAACAUUUACACGUCCAUUCGCGGCGAAGUCUUCGAUCUGUCCAGUCUCGUGGCGGACCACGUGCGCUUCGUCAGCGUCGUGCCCACGAAGUCGAUUCUCACCUAUGGCGGUGCGUCUUCGGACAAGAUCUUCCCGGUCCAGGUCUCUGCUCUGUGCAACGGUGUCAGUGGCUCGGUCAGCCCGUACGUCGUCCUGAGCUCCAGCAACAACACCGAUGAGAACGCGCAGUACCAUGACUUCCGUUCGUGGACGUCCGACCCUCGACCUGAUUGGUAUUUCGAGACGAUGACGACGAUACGUUGGAGUUAUCGUGUCGGCUUCAUGGGUUACAGCCCCAAGCAGAUCAAAUCUCUCGCCUCGUCCGGUGACUCCGUCGCUAUCUACAACGGCAUGGUCUACGACUUGUCGGAGUACGUGCAGAACCCUCCCUCCGUCGCCAACCUCGGUCCCGGCGCCGUCGCCCCCUCUGGCGUCGACACCAACUUCAUGCACUCUUCGAUCGUCUCUCUCUUCCAGCACAACGCCGGCACCGAUAUCACCAAGCAGCUCGACUCGCUCAACAUCGACAGCGAUGUCCUCAAGCGCCAGCGCGUCUGCCUGCGGAACCUGUUCCUCCUCGGCAAGGUCGACAACCGCAACUCCCCGCAGUGCCUGUUUGCGACAUACAUCCUGCUCGCGCUCUCGAUUAUGAUGGUCAGCGUCAUCGCGUUCAAGUUCAUCGCCUCGAUCAACUUCAGCGCUGCGCGUGCGCCCGAGGACCAUGACAAGUUCGUCAUCUGCCAGGUCCCGUGUUAUACCGAAGGCACAUCGUCUAUCAAGAAGACUAUCGACUCGCUCGCGCAGAUGAAGUACGACGACAAGCGGAAGCUUCUUUUCAUCAUCUGCGAUGGUAUGGUCGUCGGUUCCGGCAACGACAUGCCCACGCCGCGCAUCGUGCUCGACGUACUUGGCGCGAACCCGAAUGUCGACGCGGAGCCGCUCAGCUUCCUGUCGCUCGGCGAAGGCGCGAAGCAGCACAACAUGGGCAAGGUCUUCUCCGGCCUGUACGAGACCGCGGGCCACGUUGUGCCGUACGUCGUCGUCGUCAAAUGCGGCAAGCCUGGCGAGAAGUCACGUCCUGGUAACCGUGGUAAGCGUGACUCGCAGAUGAUCCUGAUGAACUUCUUGAACAAGGUCCACUUCAACGCCCCGAUGAACCCCUUGGAGCUGGAGAUGUACCACCAGAUCAAGAACGUCAUUGGUGUCAACCCCACGUUCUACGAGUACUGUCUCAUGGUUGAUGCCGACACGACUGUCGCGCCGCUCUCCCUCAACCAAGUGCUCGGAUGCUGUGGUGAAACAGAGCUGGCCAACGCCAAGCAGUCGCUCAUCACGAUGAUGCAGGUCUACGAGUACUUCAUCUCUCACCAUAUGGCCAAGUCGUUCGAGUCCCUUUCGGCUCCGUCACCUCCGCUCUUCAUCAGCAACCAGAUUAUCCAGGAUUACUCGGAAAACCGCGUCGACACGCUGCACAUGAAGAACCUGCUGCAUCUCGGUGAAGAUCGUUACCUCACGACGCUGCUCCUCAAGCACUUCUCGAACUACAAGACGCAGUUCGUCCGCGACGCGCACGCGUACACUGUCGCUCCGGACGACUGGAAGGUUCUGCUGUCUCAGCGUCGGCGUUGGAUCAACUCCACGGUGCACAACUUGGGCGAGCUGGUCUUCCUCGACCAACUCUGCGGUUUCUGCUGUUUCUCGAUGCGCUUCGUCGUCAUGAUCGAUCUCCUGUCCACGAUCAUCCAGCCCGUUACCGUCGCCUACAUCGGUUAUCUGAUCUACCUCGCCGCCAACCAUGCCACAAUCCCGACGCUGUCGAUCAUCCUUAUCGCCGCCGUCUAUGGUCUUCAGGCGCUUGUCUUCGUCCUUCGCCGCAAGUGGGACAUGAUUGGAUGGAUGGUGUUCUACAUCCUCGCCAUUCCUGUGUUCUCGCUCGCGCUGCCUCUCUACUCGUUCUGGCGCAUGGACGACUUCUCCUGGGGUCAAACGCGUAUCGUUUUGGGAGAGUCCGGCAAGAAGGUCGUUGUGCACGACGAGGGCAAGUUCGACCCGAGGUCUAUUCCUCUCAAGUCUUGGAAUGACUACGAGAACGAGCUCUGGGACAAGGAGUCGAACCACAGCAUUGGCUCGUGGGUACCUCCCGGGAAGAUGCACAUCAACGAGUACCCGGAGUCGCACACGGCGUCCAUCUACGGCCGCGAGACGAUGUACGAGCCAGCCAUGUCGCGUGCAUACUCGCCUGCGCCUUCGCAGAUGCAGAUGGGCCAGAUGGGCAUGAUGUACCCGCCACCUGGGUACCACUCCGGCCGCAACACACCCCUCUCGCAGGUCAUGACCCCCGGCGUCCUUCACCAGCCCGCGCCGUCCCGCCCGACUACCAACUAUCUCGACGUCCAAAUCCCGGGUUCACGGAGCCCAGAGGACCAGCACUUGAUCGGUUCUGGGCCCACAGAUGCCGAAAUCGAGGGCGCUGUCGAUGACCACCUCCGCCACGCCGACUUGACGACCGUCACCAAAAGGGAGAUCCGCCGUCGGCUCGAGGAGCAGUUUGGCCAGGACCUGUCCUCGCGCAAGCGGGUCAUCAACGACGCCAUCGACCGCGUACUGCUCUCCCGCGCGGGCUGA